AUGUCUGCUACGUUGACUAAUACUGCUGAUUCUCGAGCCUUACAUGUUUAUCGGGUGCCUGCAUAUCAAAAGCGUACUCGUGGCUACGAUCAUCAUGCAUCGAUUCCACGCGUUCGAUCUCCAUCACGUGAUUCAAGAGUUUAUGUAUCUCGACGACGUCAAUCAUCACCUCCAACAUCAACUGUACGUGUUGUUGAAGUAAAAUCACCACCAUCCACUACAUACAUGAAACGUUUCUAUCCUCAUCCAAGAGCAGCGCGUGUCAUUCGAGAACAAAGUCCACUGUCAACCGAUACUGAUUCAACUUCACCAAUAUCAACACCUCCGCCGAUUUCCUUGGUAAAACGACGGCAACAACAACAACGACGUGUCGUUCGUAUAGCAACGACGUCGACAAAUGCUAGUUCGAAUAGUGAUUUAAUUGUACCGGUUGCUAAGAAAUAUCGUCGUACCAUUGAUGAAACACCAGUUACGAUCGUAUCGGAAACUCCACUUGUUAAUCGUGGUACAUCACCACGAAAACAUUGGAAAAAACGCGAAAAACCAAUUCCACUCGAUCUAGAACGCGAUGUUUAUAUUUCCGACGAAGACUAUUACGAAGAAGCAUUUCCCGAUGGCACGUAUAAACCAAAAUCUUAUAAAUUUUGUAAAUGGUGCCAUGGUAAAUGUGCUCGUCGUUGUCCACAUUGCAACUAUUGCGAAUGGUAUUAUAGUUGUCCGUGUUGUUGUUGGCUUACAUGUUUACUUUUAUCGUUAGGAUUGCUAAUUGGAAUUUUUACUCUCAUCGGAUUUUUACCAGAAGUAAAUCCAUCGCGACGUCCAGUCGUUAAUCAAGAAGUUAAUGUUACGAUAAGAGCUAUACAACAAAAUUUACCUUGUGAUCCGACUGCGACUUAUAAUGCAUCAAGUACUUUAAUUCGAUGUAUUGAUACGACACCUGUCUACGCUUAUACUGUAUAUUCACAAUUGUAUAGUAGAGCGAUUCGAUUAGAUACACUUAAUUUUCAAUAUGUAUUAUAUGUUUUAUGUUUAGUAAUUUCUUUUUUAGUACUAUAA